UCUGACAAGAAUUAUUUGCAGCAGUCACGCCAAGCCAUUGACCUGAUGAGGACUAGCUGCCGAUGUCAAGGACCUCCGUCCAGAACAGCGAGUCAAGUCCCUGCGCCAGUCCAUCUCUCACAAGAUACUUCUCGACUUCACCACGAUUGUUCGCCGUUAUUCGUGUCUUGGACGUGGCUGGAGGUCGCGACUUCCUGUAGCGACUCUCUAUUCAUGUGUUUUGCCACGUACUCCAUCGUGAUCCAUCUGCCGACCCUAUCAUAGCCUUUCCUCACCACUCCUGCUCCCACGAUGGCAGCAGUCACCAUGCCCUCCCUGGCACUUCAGGACGGGCUCGGUGCCGCUGCCUUCAACAAACACGUCGACAUGACCGAGCCUCUCCUCCCUCCUCAAGUCCAUACUCCUCCUACCACCGACGAGGCCAGCCACAAGGACGAUGACGCAGCCUCGAGUUCAUCCCUCUCCGAUCUCGGCGACGAUAUUGAAGAUGAAGAAAACAGAAUGAGAUUCGAAGAAGCCGCUCGUGCGGGAGCAGAGGCCGAACAAUUCUCAGAGGUGAAGCCUGAUCGUUACGAGAAUGGCGUGCCUAUCUUCCAACCAACAAUGGAACAAUUCAGAGACUUUCAGCGCUACGUAAAAGGCGUGAAUCCUUAUGGUAUGCAAUCAGGCAUAGUGCUGAUCGACCCUCCUGAAGAAUGGAAACGUGCCCGCAAGGCACUCGACAGUCAAAUCAAAUCCAUUAAGAUCAAGAACCCCAUCAUGCAAGAGUUUCAUGGUGCGCAAGGAAUUUACACGCAACGCAACAUCGAGAAGAUGCGAUCUUACAACCUGCCGCAAUGGAAGUCCGUGUGUGAACAGACAGAAAAUCAACCGCCCGCAAGACGUGGCGAGAAACGCUUGAAUGCGGACAAAUUGAUCGGGCGUGGCAGCAUCAAAAAUCGAAAGUCCGAACCAUCCUCGACACCACCCACAGGCAAGAGACGAGGGAGACCCCCAAAGAACAUCAAGAGGGAGCCUCUUGAACAAGACUCGACUCUACGCGCUCCGCCCACGCCGACCAGUCCGGACGUCAAGCCGGCCAUGUUGGAUGGAGGAGAAGGCGAGAAUGGAGGGAACGAAGCAGUAGAACCCACACCAACGAAAGAAAAGACCGUCAAAAAGCCCGGAAGGCCGAGAGGACGGCCGCCAAAGUCGACGACAACAGCGAAGAAAGACGCUGGGAACAAAGGUGCGGAGACAACUGUUGCUUCUCGCAGACUGAGAACCGCUCAGGAGGCCAACGACGAGAUUGACGAAGAAGCCUUCGAGGACUUCGACUAUCGCGUAUAUGACCAGGAUCAAUGGACAGCCGAGCGUUGUGAGGAGCUUGAAGAAAAGUACUGGAAGAGUCUCAACUUCAGUAAUCCAAUGUAUGCUGCAGACAUGCCCGGAUCACUCUUCGACGAGGACACAAAGGAAUGGAAUGUCGCCAAAUUGCCCAAUCUUUUGGACCUGCUUGGGCAACCUAUUCCUGGUGUCAACACGGCUUAUCUGUAUCUCGGGAUGUGGCGGGCAACCUUUGCAUGGCAUCUUGAAGAUGUGGACCUUUACAGCAUCAACUACAUCCACUUUGGAGCACCAAAGCAGUGGUACAGCAUAUCUCAGAAAGAUGCUCCGAAGUUCGAGACAGCCAUGAAAUCCUUGUGGUCUUCAGAUGCAAAGGCUUGUGACCAGUUCCUUCGCCAUAAGACAUACUUGGUCUCGCCAUCGAUAUUGAAAUCGAAGUAUAACGUCACUGUCAACAAGGUUGUCCACCGCGAAGGCCAGUUCGUUAUAACUUUCCCAAUUGGGUAUCAUUCCGGCUACAAUCUGGGGUACAACUGUGCAGAAUCUGUGAAUUUUGCAAUCGAUGACUGGCUGCAAUAUGGCAAGACUGCCCGCAAGUGCCAGUGUGAAGCCGAUAGUGUCUUCAUUGACGUCGACUGGUUCAUUCGGAGAAUGAAUGGGGAACCCACUCCAGAAUACGAAGAGGUCGAAGUCACCGAUGACGAAGAUGAACUCGAUGAGCCCACGGAUCUACCCACGCCUCCAAGCAGUGAUCGUGGCAAGGUCAAAGUACCACAAAAGAGGAAGCGUGCCCCAAAGGACCUUGGAGCCAACAAACGAGCCAAAAAGCUCAUCAGAAUUCGCAAAGUCAGCAAAAACCAACCGUGCUGUUUGUGUCCGAACGACUUUUCCUGGGAAGAACUUCUGCCCACCACACAUGGCCAGCGAGCACACAGAACCUGCGCUAUGUAUUUGCCAGAGACCUAUAUUGCCAUCCAAGACGGCAAAGAGAUGGUCUACAAUGUCGAGAACAUCAGCAAAGCUCGUAUGGAGCUCAAGUGCUACGAAUGUCGGCAGAAGAAAGGAUCGUGCUUCCAAUGCUCCUCGGCCAAAUGCGCCAAGUCCUAUCACGCGACUUGUGCUAUGCAAGCCGGUGUCCAAGUCGACAAGGGAGAGAUCGCUGUCUGGCAUGAAGGCGUGGAAUAUCGUGACAUUGGGUUCGACUGGAGGUGUCGUCUGCAUCGUACUGUCAAGCGGACAAGGAUUACCAGUGAACUCUCCGCUUGCAACCAUGCGAACAGCUGCUGGCAGAAUGCAGAGUUCCGGCAAUUCUUGCUCAACCUCAAGGAGGGAGAUUUGAUUCAAUUCCAGGCGACAAACUCCGACGAUAUUGAGGCUGGGCUUGUGGUUGCUCCAUUCGACGAAGGCCAAGACGCUGUUUUGGUCAAGGUUGUGCCGGACCUGAAAACUGUCAAAGAAGUCGACCCUACCUCAAUCCUCUUCGUUGACAGCGCAACCUCCUGUCUACAGAGACCGUCCGCAAACGCGCUUGACCUUCCGGAAGACCUUCAGGGCAAAACUGCAUCGCUUCCAGAAUCUACCGAAAAGAAGCCAAGUGCUGGUGAUGUCUUUACAGAAGAGCCUAGAACCGAAUGGGCCGAGUUUGUCUCGUCCGAGCCUCCAGUCAACCGAGACGAGAAGCCUGUCAAUCUGUCUAAAGACAAGCAGUUGUGGCUUUAUAUUGGUGAAACCUCAUCUGAUGCGAAGGCUCACUACACAGCUGAUCCUGACAAACGCGUACAUGAACCAGCGUCAAACUUCCUCGACCUUGUCACUCCACCCAAAGCCGUCAUGGCACCGCCACCUCAACCCAAACGCCAAUCUCUCGCAGCCUCCCACCCUAUGAUCAACGUGGCGGCAAGAAAUGCGGCAAUGGCAAACAUGAGGAAAACCAUGUUUGCUGCCCAAAAUCCGUCACCUCCAAUGCCUGGAAUUUUCAGCGGAACGAAACAAAACCUGACCCAAAAUGUUGGUUGGGAGAAAGCUGUCCCUGCUCAGACAGCCGCACCUGUACAAAAAGUCGCACGUGUUCAAAACCCUGCUCAAAUAAAGCCGUCAUCAUCACCUUCACCGUCACAAUAUCGCGACAUUAUGACUGGCCAAGAGGCUCGGUUGAAUGAGCAGGCACGCAUUCUUCAACGGCAACAAGCUAAGGCUCGACAAUUGGACGCCGCUGAGCGGGCCAACACCGUUCCUCAGCAUGGAAUCGGAAUUGACUUGGACGCCGUCCAACGACAGAGACAAUUUCAACAGCAAGCAUCUCAACAUGCUAAGCACAUGAAGGAGUGGUCCAAUGAUCCGUCAUUGCCUCCGUUGAAACAAUACGAGCAGUUUCCCAGCUUCGAUCCAAUGGAAACCGAUACGCGUUACGGUGGACCAUCAACAGUAAAUGCCAACAAUCGACCUCAGCAGUAUCAUUAUAGCAAUGACUGGAUGAACCCUAAUGCCACAAAUAUGGGGUCGACUUUCGGAACACCUCAGCCUAUGGGUGUCAAUCCAAUGCUGCCAGCGCAACCGACUGCGUACCAAACGCCUGCAAUUUCGACUGUACCAUUUCCUGCUUUUGUCCAACAACCGCAUCAACAAUUUCCUUAUCAGAUGGGUCCAAGUCAGAUGCCAGGCAGUACCGGGAUGAGCGGUUCAUAUCAAGCACCAAGAUUGGAGAGCAUUCGUGCGGCCGCAAAUCAACCACCACCACCGCCUCCAUCAGCUGAGGUCGAACGCCAACGACGGAUCUCUAAUCCUGCCUACCCGUUCAAGAGCCCGGAUCAGAUCAAGGCACAGAAAGAGGCUGAGAAGAAGUCACCCCCGGGGAGUAGACCCAGCAGCUCGUAUAUGUUGCCCAGCCCGAGAAUGCAGCAUGACAGCUAUAUGCAUUCGAGCUCAUCUGCGAGUCCGGCUCAACCGCUCGACCCACAAAAUCCUCCUCAAUUCAUUAAUCCCAAUGCCACACAGAUCAGUCCUCCUGGAUCUAGUGCAGGCCACAAAUCUGCAAGAGGUAGUUUCUCUGGCUUCCAGACUCAACAGAUGAUGACCCCAUCGAUGUCAGGAGGCAUCAAACGGUCAUUCUCCAUGGACAUGACAAUGGAUCUGGCGCCUUUUCCAGCCAACUCACUCCCGCUAAACCAUUAUCUUCCCAAGCGAUCCAUGUACGAUCCUCUGAGUAACGUCAACAUGCUUGCGCAGCACAACUUCCAAUUUCCGGAUCCGCCUAUGGCUCGGCCCUCGACGCAGCUGGUGGAGAGUCUGGAGAAGCGCCCCGUUGGUAUAAGUGGACUGCAGCUCAAUGAUCAUGAGAUCCCCAAGCAAUUGACCGACUGGCAAAAUCGGGGUGGUUUUUGGGGUCGUGUGGCAGGGUACUAUAUCAAGAAACACCAGGAUGCGGCGACGGUGUAUAAGUCUCCUUUUGCGGCGAUCAGUCAACAGGCAGACACAGCGGCAUUGGCUCAGAGAUACUAUCAAAGCUUGGAGCCUGAGCAGAGGAUGAGGAUUGAUAUGUCACAAGCCGGCGGCAUUCAGUAAGCGGCGCGUAUGGUGGGCGUGGUUGUUUGGCAAGUCUUGCAUGUCGUCACGUACAUAGAAAGAGGUUGUCCUCAGUGGCGUAUUGUGAAGGCAAAGUCUGACGGACAGCUCCGUUCAGACUUGAGCUUUCUUGGUUGAGGAUGUUUUACAUUGCUGAGCGACAAUGAUGAUGGAAAUUACACGAAAAAAUGAUUAUACACUUCUAGCCUCACGGCACGGGAUCGGCAUGGGAUGGAUGUCGCAGGAUGGUUUACGUGAUCGCGGUUUUAUGAUUGUUACGUUGGGAUGGCAGGUAGCAAGCGGAAAGAAAGUGUGUCGUUGGUCUGCUAUGUAGCGGUUUGACGAUAGUUCACAGUAAAAGGGAGAGCUUGUUGAUAGCAAUGAAUACUGUGCAAGGCAGAAUAUUGAUGCAGGUGUGAUUCUACAAAGUCCAGCCCCAAAGAAAGUGUCC